CCUGCCACCAUCGCCAUCAUGCCCAAGAGAAAGGCUGAAGGGGAUGCUAAAGGAGAUAAAGCCAAGGUGAAGGACGAACCACAGAGAAGAUCCGCCAGGUUAUCAGCUAAACCUGCUCCUCCAAAGCCAGAGCCCAAGCCUAAAAAGGCCCCUGCAAAGAAGGGACAGAAGGUACCGAAAGGGAAAAAGAGGAAAGCUGAUGCUGGCAAAGAUGGGAAUAACCCUGCAGGAAAUGGAGAUGCCAAAACAGACCAGGCACAGAAAGCUGAAGGUGCUGGAGAUGCCAGGUGAACAUAGACUUUGGCUGUCUUAAGCCCAGAGACCUAUUGGGACCUGACCCCAAAAAAUUGAUUUCCAGUAUGUUGGGCAAUCUGGACUUCCCAGUGUCACCAUUGAGAUGGCAUUCCUCAAAAGAGCAGCAGUUCCUUUUUAGAUUGUGGAUCUACCGAUGGAUAUUC